UAAACGGAGCAGGCACCGCAAUGCGUUGCGUCCACGUCGAAGUCGACAUCGGUGUUGGUAUCGGUGCUGUCGGUGUCGCUGUCGUUGUCGGUGUUGUCGUCGCCAUCAGCCCGGGUUCGAGUUGGUUUGGAAAAAGUAGCACUUAUUAUUAUUAUUAAAUGCCGCGCGGGAAACAACGAAAAACGUUCUACGGAUACCAAAAACCCGCACUUCUAAUUUCACCCACACGACAAUUGCGCAGAGUUUUUGACCGGAAUCCGAACUGUGGUUAACACUUGAUGGACACAUUUUCCAGACGCGCGCGCUCUUCUAACAGGUGUUACUGCAACAUAGAAAGAGAAAAGAGUACACUUACCCGUGUAUGUGAUAAUUUUUUAAAAACAAAAAAAUCAAGUGAUAAAAACGCAACUUAGAUAAAACUAAACAACAAUCGACGAGAAAGCAAAAAGCAAAAACAACGAACAUUUUGAUGGUCUGCAACAGUGUUGAUAUAGUCGAUAUCAAGAUGCAGCUGAAGAUGGAAACGCAGGCAACGCCGCAGCAACAGCAACAGCAACAGCAACUACAGCAGCAACCGCAACAACUACUGAACAAACAACAGCUGCAAUUGCUGGACAAAAUCAAAAUUGAGUCCAGUAACGGCAACGAUCCGCAGACCAACAACGUGCUGGAGGAUCAGCAAGAGCCUCAGCAACAGCCACCAACAAAUGUUGGUGUUCUGGUACAGGCGAGCAGUCAAUCUAGUGAAUCGGAUGAGCAGCAGCAACAGCAGCAGCAGCAGCAGCAACAACAACAACAACAACAACAACAGCAACAGCAGUAUGUAGUAGCACCACGAUCGCAACAACGACGCAUCCUAACUACUGCCGGAACACUCGAGUUGAACGAGACGCGGGAGAGCGAACACAGCACCAACAACAGCAACAGCGCCAGCUCGGAAACCCACAUUGAGUAUCAGCGCGGAUCGCAUCACUCACCUCAUUAUAUUCAAAUGGCACCACGGAAUGUUGCCGAAAUGGCCGAACAGGUGGCCAAUGCGCCACCCGGCACGCUCUACGCCUAUCCAUCGGGCCAGAUUAUUUGCAGCAACGACGACGUGGCGCCGAUCAAAAUAGAGACCAUCGACAAGAGCGAUGUGUCCGGCGAGCAGCAGCAGCAGCAGCAGCAACAGCAACAUGCGCACCAACAGCAGCAGCAGCAAUGCCCUACACCAAAUGGAGUGAUUUACGGCGAUGGGAUUAGUGUCAGCGAGGCUGCACUGCAGCAUCAUCAUCAGCAGCAACAGCAACAACACCAGCAACAGCAGCAGCAGCAUCAGCACCAGCAUCAGCAAGCUGUGGCCGCUGCCGCGGCAGCUGCUGCAGUCGGACACUCACACGUGCGCUAUGUGACGGAGGACGGACGCUUUGCCACCGCCAGCGGCGAUGCAGAGGCGCCUGGUGCGAAUCUGUACUAUGAUGCGCCCGUUGUGGAUGCCAGCGUGCAGGCGAAUGAAUCCAAGACCUAUGCGGAUCUGGGCAGCGCCUAUGCCUUUCCGCCAAACUCGACGUACGGCAGCAACAGCUACGCGGCUACACUGCAGCAGGGCAACACCAUUUACAGUGUGCCGGGCACAGCGCAGUUCAUAACCAAAGCCGAUCCGAACUUGAAUCCCUUGAGGCAAACGGCGGCCGGGCCGUAUCAGACGAUAUCUUUCGUUGAUGGCACGAACGCCACAGACGGUGGUCUUUGGACUACCACCGGCGCCGAGUACCAAAACGUAUCAUUUUCGAACUACCCUGCGCAGGUUAUUGAUGACUACACCACGGCCAACAUGAGCGGUGGUCAUUGGGCGCCAGCUGGCAGCAUCAGCAACUACGACCCCACCAUGUCGGCGAGCAGUGCCACGCCCCCCACAUCGCUCGCUCUGCAGGAGAUCAAGUGUGAGACCUGCCAGAUACCAUUCAUUCGCAAGGGCUCCGACUGGCCCAAUUGUCCGAAUUGCACCAGCUAUGGCCGAACGCAGCCGGUUCGCCAUGUGCCACAGCGCCAAAAGCCAAAAGCAGCAGCCGCGCCAAACAAUCGUCGAAGUGGCGUCAUCUGCGCCAACUGCCAAACCAACUCAACGACGCUUUGGCGACGUAACAAUGAAGGCAACCCCGUCUGCAAUGCCUGCGGCCUCUAUUACAAGCUGCACAAUAUGAAUCGCCCGCUCUCCAUGAAGAAGGAGGGCAUACAGAAGCGCAAGCGAAAACCAAAGAACAAUGGAGGCCCUCUGCCCCAUCGAGCGCUGCCAAGCAUGCCACAGGGAGUUAGUCUAAUGGUUAAUGGCCCGCUCUAUCCAUCCCAGGUGGGCUUGUUGAAUAGCCAACCGAAUGGCAGCCCCGAGCUACAUGAUAUGUCCACGACUGGACCCGCCAGCCGAGCGCAUGUGGUGGCCAUAGCGUUACCUCCAGUUUCGACAUCGGAUGGCACCUUGAACAUGUCCCGUCACCAAGUGACCAGUGAGAGCCACUCGCCUUACAGCCAGCAGCAGCAGCAGCAGCAACAACAACAACAACAGCAGCAGCAACAACAGCAGCAGCAGCAACAGCCUCCGGCACAGAGCCAAUCGCCUCAUCUGCCAAAUUCGAGCACAUUGAACCGGCAGAUAGCUCAGUCGGUUCCUCCAAUUGAAAGUGGACGCAGCUCCAAUAGCGAGCUGACUCCAAGUGUCAUAACACGCACAGGUCUGCCGGAGCGCUCAUCGAAUAACUAAGCCAUACAAUUUAAGCUAUAGUAAACUUUACCAAAAUGUCAAAAUUGACAAUUUAUUUAUAUAAGCCUAGUUUAGUGAAGAGAUGCCCAAGUCCCAGUUCAAAGACAUUGCAAAUGGUGGAUUCGAUUCGAGAAAAGAAGUUUAGUUCUCAAUAUAGUUAUAUUCCAGAUUCAGAAUGAGCAGAUCAUUAAAAAUACCCUUCGCGUAAGGAUCCGUUAGAUGAUUG